AUGGAACUCCACGGCUUUUGCGAUGCCAGCGAGAAGGCUUACGGAGCCUGCGUCUAUCUCCGCACCAUUAGUUCCGAUGGCUCCAUCCAAUCCCAUCUACUCCCCGCGAAGUCAAUGGUCGCUCCGCUCAAAACACAGACUCUCCCACGUCUCGAACUGAGCGGAGCACUACGUCUGGCUAUCUUGAUCACAUCAAUCCAGAAGGCCACAAUAUUCAAGAUCUCUCGGAUCGUAUAUUGGACUGAUUCCACCAUCGUGCUCCAGUGGAUCAAGUCCUCGCCGCAUAUGAUAAAAACAUUUGUGGCGAACCGAGUAGCCGAGAUACAAACCAAGACCAACCUCUCCGACUGGCGCCAGGUUUCUACCGCCGACAAUCCAGCGGACCUCAUCUCACGAGGUCAGACGCCCAAGGAGUUCCUGCGCCCGUCCAUUUGGAAAAAUGGACCAGAGUAG